CUUUCGAGAUUAGCAAGCAUGGCGGGUAGUAGACUUGAAAAGCUAGGAACAAUAUUUACACGAGUUCGCGGAUUAAUGCGAGCCGGUGUUUUAAGUGAAGAAGACAAGCCUUUAUGGUUCGACGUGUACAAGACGUUUCCGCCAAAGUAUGAACCAUACGCUGACAGACCACCAGCUGACAAAGAGAUCGUUGAUAUACUCUACCCAGAAGACAUAAUAAGAGCGAAAUUUUAUAAAAAGUUUGGAUCCCCAGGAACAAUUGACAUGACAAACCACAAAACGAAGGCACUGUCGGAGAGAUUUAUAAAGAAGCACCAAGAAUUAGAGCAUGAGGGAGUAAUCAAGCCAGAACAGCUGUUCACGGCAACAACAGAAGCACUAGCCAACGAGGGACUUGUACUCGAGAGAACUCAUUCGGAGGCGCCUGAAAGGCCUGUACGUGGAGGCGGCGAUAUGAGCGAGACUAGGGACGGCAGCGGCCAUUUUACAACACAGGUCAAAGUGUCGGAAAUGUUCAAGGACGCGCAGUUGCAACGCGAUGAUAGUAAAUCAGAUUCAUAGCAACGUACCAGUCUGCAUUACCAAAAACAAAUUUAACAGAAACUUGUUUGCAAAAAACUUGAUAGUUUGUUGUUUGAUUAACAAAGAUGAUGGGAAAUGUAAAAAAAAUACGUCCUUUGUUGAAUCCAUGAAAGGUGCAAGGAUAAAAUAGUGACUUGAACUGUGAGUGUUAAAGUAUUUAUACUGUAAUUGUGCUGUAUUGUGUCAUACAGUUAAAAACUGUCUGUAUAUAGUAUGCAAAUGAUGUUAUAGAUUGUCUAAAAAGCGUUUUAAACAAA